AAAUGAAAAAAGAAAUAAACGGCAGCCACAAUUUCAACUUGGUAAAAUAAAAACAAAGCAGACGUCUUAAUAAUCAAAAUAAGCUUAAACGUGCCGGGUUGGCGGGCUCUACGCUAUUUCUCCAAGUGCGAGUCAACUGGAUUUGCCAAAGAAAUUGCUCGAUAUGUAAGAACGGGAAACCCAGGAGCUGAAGGAUCAAGCCCACUAUUUCCCCUCUACUGCUAUGCUGACUCAUGGCGCCAUUAUUGCUCAUCACAAACAAGUGACUCGUACUCUUGGUAAGCUUAAUUACCUUUCAAUUUGAAGUUAUGGUUAAUAUGUUACAUUCUCUUGUUAUAAUUCCUCGGCUAAUGUCAGGUUGACUUUUCAGCAUAUAGAGCGGCAGACAAGACACUAGAAUCCAAUAUCAGCUGUGAUGUGUAGGUUGAACUCUAUUUUAACAAGCAAUUAUUCUUCUGUUUUAAUCAUUGCAUGCAAUUUUUUUCUAAUCUAGACUAGACUUGUCUGAUGCUGUGAUUUAAGCAAGGAAAAACUUGCUGAGUGAGGGUUGUAGUUUGUACGUAAUGAGUUUAGGCGCUUGGUAAAUGAGGUUGAUGCUCUUAGGAUCUCGUCUUUUUGUUUCAAUCAAACUAAAAAAAAGGUACUGUACUGUUAUACGAAUUCAGUUUAUCCAGUACAAUUAAAUUCCCUGGCAUCUCCAGCUGGUGAAAUUGUUCACUUAAAUGGAAGUUCCAUCUGGGUUUCAUGAUAUGAAUAUAAUAAGAUCUGGAAUAUAUGUUUUAACAAGCGACAUGACAAUGUAAGAACAGGAAACCUCUUUGACUAUUCAAGAUUUGCCACCGGAAUUUGAUUUUUAUCCUAAGUUGUCCUAUGUGCAUUAUAUUUCUAAAUCCAUUUGUCAAAUUCAUCCCCAACGGCGGAUUAACGCUUGUACAGUUCCGUGACAUGAAAUCCCAAAUGAGCCUCUCUAAAUUCGUUUGGUCGAAGGUGGAGGUGCAACGCUACUUUUAGCUCUAUUUUCAUUUUAUUUCAGUUUACCUUUGUGGAAGUUUAGGAUUCAUUUCUUUAGAAAUUCGGUCUGGGCCAAUAGAAAUAAUUGUUGUGCGGCUGCUCGUUGAAUCUUGUGCGACCGUUAACUACACGUUUACCGCAAAUGUGUGCACAGCUCUUUCAAACGUGUGUUGGUAACAAAGGAAGUAUUUAUACCUUGAUUAUGUGAUGAGUUAUUUGUAGUUUUUAUUUUCAGGUCCGCUGUGGAACUGUGCCAGUUGACUGAUGGGCGAUAAAGGUGCAGUGAAACGUAUGCGUGAAAGGGAUGAUCAAGUCUACCGUCGUCUGAAAUUGACUUGUGAUAAGAGGCUUUUUUUUAUCGUGCUGAAAUACUGCAGCCCAUUGCAUUUGUUACAUACCCAGACCAAACAUCCGAGAACAACACAAAGCAUCAAAUAUUCGCUGAGUAAUUUUCUGAGUUAUAGUUGAUUUAUCUUUCAUUUCCGCAUCGUUCCGUUAUAUUCCAGCCUGCGGAUCGGUCGAAAGAUGCCUGCAAAAUCCGCUCAAUCAAAAUCUACCGUCUCUUUAAGGAGAUAUCCUUCAGGUAAGGUCAAAUUAUUUCCUUUUCAGAAACAUUUAAAGUACCGAUUGAUAAUGCUAGUUGAUUGGUGUGAACGUCCCUAGACCUAGACAAUUGUCCCACCAUUUCCCACACGGCCGUUCUCGCUGCAGCAGAAAGCGGCAAAAGCGAUUUAGGCUUAUGCCCUAAGCCAAAAGUAAAAACUAUUUUGUAUUUUCUCACGCCAACUUGUGAUUUCCAAAUGAUUCCAUAAUUCUCUUGAGAAGAGUUUGACAUUUUCUGUUCUUGGCUAAAUAGUCUUUUCUUUAAGAUUCUCUACUAAAAGAGGCGUGUGAAUAAUGUUGCGAUUUUAAAGAAAUCGUGGCAGCCAAAAAUUUCACUCGAAAGUGUGGCAAAAUAAUUACACAUCAUUCUAGUGGGCUCCUAUUGAUCGGUGUGCAUUUGAAAGUGUUUAUACACUUUUAACUAAAUCGGAUUUUGUAUACUUGAUAGAUAUUGGGAGUUUAUUAGUGAAAUUUUCGGCGUGGGCAUUCCGAAACUUUCUCCUAAAAGUUCCAGAAUCGAUCGUCUAGUCGAAUGUUGCGUUGGCCAGUUAAACCGGAAAUCUAGGCCAUCAUCUUCCGAUCUGCUGUGAGCGUGUGAUGUGGCGCACCGUUUAACGACUUUCGAGUUCGAUCGUUAAUUGGAAUCGUCCUAGUUGUUCAACAACAUUUUUCGAUAUGAGAUGCGUAGCAUAUCAUCUGCGGCUUAUUCUUCGCGCUUCUACUUUCUCUUCUUUUUAUUGGUUUUUAUAUUCCAGUUGGAAUAAUUACGUGUCUGUACUCUCUCGUCUUAUGUGCAUGGCAACGCCUUUGAGCGUCACACACGAGCAAAUGGGAAGUACCCCGAGGAAAGAAGACCACCACGUUAUAUAAUUCCCAGUGGAUUUUUUUUCGUCCAUUCAGUCGCUGAGGAAACUGCAAAGGGACCAACAAAAAAACGCCAAUCGCUCGCAAUUCCAUCUGGACGGCUGUUGUUUCUUUCCAUCCUCCGCCUUUAUACUGGAAAAAUCUGUUACUGCCGCUUCACACCUGUUAGAGGAUAGUCCACUUAACUCAGGAUAAUCAAAAUGCGUCAAUCUGGUCUAGUCUUACUGUUGGUCGGUCUCUGCGUCUUUGUCUCAUUCAUUUCAGCAGGAGUGUUGGAAAAAAUUCCGAAAAGGAAAAAGACGCCAUCGAAAUUGGGUGCCGGGACGUUGGAGUGGCCGACAAACAGCUCUGCGGCCGUCGUGCCCAAUGCCGACGGUGGUCAAUUGCGGAUAGACAUGUGCGAAGGCAACAUCGUCGUCCCCUUGUCUUCCUCUCGCAACGUCAAAAGGAAUUUCACGGUCAAAUCGACUCUGUUCCCGUUUAAACGCUCGACUCCUCUCAUCUGCUCUUGGAAUGUCAAGGUGAGCAAGAAUUGCCGCCGGGGAUUGGUGACGAUGACCAUUAACGAGCGCAGUCGAUUGGCAGGUGACGAAGGAUGUCUCAACGGAUUCUACAGCGUCUCUCCCUUCAUGGAUAACGUCAGAAUUUGUGGUCGCAUCAACUUUGUGCCGGCCUUCCAGUGGUACGUGGAAGACCAACAACCCGAAGUGACCAUCAACUUGAGACACGUCGGACUCGACGACGGAUAUUCUGAGGGACUGGCAUUCACCUUGUCAGGUGAAUGUCUGGCUGAAGGCUCGAACAUGACGCAAAGUAAAGCCAACCGAUCGUAUACGAAAUGGAUGCAACAGCUGCUGGACCAAUCUGCCAACUUUGGCGUACCCACACUGGUCGUACCCGACGACGACGAAGUUUACGCCACAACAGCCAGUCCAUUCUGGGCAUAUGAAGCAGAUGACACUGAACUGAACGUCGUCCAGUCCAACUUCACCAAACAGCCGACGAAAAUUGCUGCGCUGGAUUUCGAUCUGGAAACCCCGUGGCACGUUCUCAAAAAUCAUUCGGCGCCAUUGAGAACUAUAGCGCCAUCGCCCAUCACGACGACCACCAGUACUACGAAACCCCCAAAGAUUCCGUCCAUCUCUCCCAACAUCAGCAACGCCAAUAGUGUCGAACCGCAUCCCAUCAUCAACUUAAAUUACACAAUCCUCAACCAGACGGCCAUCAUCCCGUCGACCACCACCCCAAAACCUCCUCCUCCGGCCAAGCCCUUGAUUUCCGGCAGCCAUUUCAAUCUUGAGACUCCAUGGCACGUACUCAAAAACCAGUCGUUAAUGGCGCCAGCCAUUUCUCCAUUAAAGAAUAAGACCCAAAAUGUUUCCUUGAACGUCACUGCUGCGGCUGCUGCUGCUGUCCAGACGGUAGAGACCAUCUUGUGGACUUGAAUGGUUUCCAUCUAAACUCCUUACUAUACUCCCCUGUUACAAUUUAUAGUUUGUUAUUGAAUUAAUUGCAACUUUUUUUAUUAUUAUUUUAGGAUUGAUUUCGUUAUUGUUUGAUGUUUUGCCUUAAUUAUUAAUUAUUAAGAUGUUGUUAAUUUAUCUAAUAAUAGCAAUAAAUUUUAUUUGGCCCAGUU